AUGCGAUUUUUGUUUCCCGCCGUUUUGUUCCUAUCGGCACUCUUGUUUUGCGUUGCCUACGCGCAAUACCCACGUCCGCGUCGUCCGGAACGCUUCGAUACAGCAGAGCAGAUCUCCAACUAUCUCAAAGAAUUGCAAGAAUAUUACUCCGUGCACGGCAGAGGAAGAUAUGGCAAACGGCAGAUGCACAUAGCAGACGCCUCGGUCAUCUUCAGAGAGACUCCGCUUUUUGGAAAAGCUAUUAACGAAGACGGCAUUUUCGAAAACCUCGGAUAUAAGUAA